UGCUAACCCCUUCCCUUCUUCUCGAGCGGCCACCCACCACAGCCUGCCUGCAAAAGAACCAGGAGUCCUGGCCCCCAGCCCGCUGCUCUAACCUGCUCCACCCCAUUCGCCUCCAGGGCCAGGGACAGACCCCGAGAGCCCCCACCCCACUUCCCUCCCAGUGCUGGGGCUAAAACCCAGGAGGCCUGGCUCCUCUACCAUCUCCCUGCUGUAUCUGGAGACCAGGCCCCUUUCCUGCAGCACAACCCAGGAGUCCUGGUUUGCCUUUGUCCCAGUCCUCAGAGGAUCCUGCCACAGACACAGAUGCUUCUAACACUAGCCAGUAAAACACAGAAGACGGCUUAACGGGCUGCGUUACCGGACUCUGAUUCUGACUCGGAAAACGGUGGUGCUUCUGGAGAGUCUGAAAUGGAUUUCCUGCGAAAUCUCCUGUCCCGGACGCUGGGCCUGGGCAGUGAGAAACCGGAGAAGGUGCUGGAUGAGCUGACACUAGAUGGUGUGAGCCGCUUCAUGCUGAGCGAGAAGUGCAGGAACAUCGUCUGCAUGGUGGGCGCUGGGAUUUCAACCUCCGCGGGGAUCCCAGACUUCCGUUCGCCCGGCACCGGGCUCUACGCCAACCUGCAGAGCUACAACCUGCCAUACCCGGAAGCCAUCUUCGAAAUCAGCUACUUCAAGCAACACCCGGAGCCGUUCUUUGCCCUCGCCAGGGAGCUGUACCCAGGGCAGUUCAAGCCCACCGUGUGCCACUACUUCAUCCGGCUGCUGAAGGAGAAGGGCUUGCUGCUGCGCUGUUACACACAGAACAUUGACACGCUGGAGCGGGUGGCCGGAUUGGACCAGGACGAUUUGGUGGAGGCUCACGGCACCUUCUUCACCUCUCACUGCCUCAGCCCCUCCUGCAAGAAGCAGUACAGCCUGGACUGGAUGAAAGAAAAGAUUUUCUCGUCUCUGACGCCCAAGUGCGACAAAUGUCAGAGUCUGGUGAAGCCGGAUAUCGUCUUCUUCGGGGAGAGCCUGCCCCCCCGCUUCUUCGCACUCAUGCAGUCGGAUUUCCAGAAGGUGGAUUUGCUUAUCAUCCUGGGCACGUCGCUGCAGGUGCAGCCCUUCGCCUCCCUCGUCAGCAGGGUGCCCACAAACACCCCCAGGCUCCUGAUUAACAAGGAGAAGACAGGGCAGAGCGAUCCCUUCAUGUCGCUGAUGGGUCUCGGCAGCGGCAUGGACUUCGACUCAGAAAAGGCCUACAGGGACGUGGCCUGGCUGGGGGACUGUGCUGGAGGCUGCACAGCACUGGCAGAGCUGCUGGGAUGGAAGAAGGAGCUGGAGGAGCUGGUGAGAAAGGAGCAUGCUGCCAUUGAUGCUGGAUCAGGGCAGGCCAGCGAGGCUGGGGCGAGCCCCUCCCCUCCCCCAGUGAAGCCGGCGGGGCCCUUGCCCGAGAAGGAGGGCGGCGCUGGAAGCAAAGCAGAAUGAUGGAGCUGGGUGCGGCUGGGGCGGAUUUCGAUUUGCCGCUGCCUGGACGCGGGCGAGAGCCAUCUCUGAUGAAACGGGGCUGGGGGCUCAGCCCCCCCCAAGGCUGCAGCUCAGGGAGGAAGGCAAGAGGCGGGGAGGGGCUGGGAUUUGGGGGCCUGGCUGCGCCCUCGCCUGCCCCGUGAGCUGUGGGUUCUUGGGAUGCUUUGCACUAGCCCUGUGGUUCGUUAUUUCCCCACAAGGAAGUGCCGGAAGGGAGAAUCGCGUUUCCUCCCUGGUGCGUUCCCCCUGCCGGGUUCAGUUUCACCCGAGUCCCGUUGGGGCCCCCCAGCCAGCGUCCCUCGAUGGGCCGCCAGCGGGGUCCCGCCUGGGUUGUUGGUGCGGUGUGUGAAGUGUCUCUUGGCUAUUAAACUGUAGCGUCUUGGAAGCA